UGCCCCUUUUAGGAGGGGGGCCUGCCUGAGAAUGCAGCGACAUAUUGUCACGCUGUCUCUCAGAGUUAUGGCUCUGUGAGGUGAGUCUGUCAUUGUGCAGGGUACUGUUGAGACGACUGCCGAGCCAAUCCACCUCUCUCCUAAUACCACACUGCUCCGCUACGGGUCUCAUGUGUCUCUCAAGUCGACGGACGCCCUGUGCUGGCUCCACUCCCACCCACAUCUCUACCCUCUCAAAUACCCCGACGACAGGGGCUCCUCCUAUCAACAACAGGUCACGUGCUACGAGUUUGCCGACAUCAACAACCUGUGGGAGGUACGAAGACCGCUCGGUCCUGGGGGCGUGGCGGGUGCUGGGUCCGAUUCCCACGAUCCGGUACGGAACAAAGAUCUGGUGGAGUUGGUUCACAUCAACACCUCAAAAAUUCUGAACAGUCACGAUGUAGCCGCUCCACUGACACCCACACACCAGGAAGUGGCUGGCUACGUUAACUACUCCGCCCAGUUCGUCCCUCACCUUGAAUGGAGACUGGUAUGGAAGUGCCGGGCGUGCCAGAUGGGAGUCCCGUGUUCCACGAGAAGGGAAAACUGAAGCUGAAACUCAUCCACGAGCACUCAAAACAGACACUAGCAUGUACAGGUAAGAGGCUGCCAGAGUGGGCCUUCCAGCAGUACGAGGUCGUGACUGAAAGAGACGUGAGCUCCACCACAGCAGUCUGGUCACUGGACGAUGUCGUCCUUCCGCCUCCCUCCAACGCCACUGCCUGGGCCGAAGAGGAGAGAUUAAUCCGUGAAAAGGCUCAGAACCCAGGCACAGGGGCGGCCAAAUCUGAAGACGAAGAUGAUGAUUCUCAAGAAACCCUCAACUUUUGGGAGAAAUACGUCGAGCUUCAAGUCCACAUGGCUACUGCCCACGGAAACCUCGGAGAACACCAGUUUGGAGCAACUCCUCAUAACUGGCCUCUGAUGGGGAAACUCCUGCCUUAUUGGCUUGACGAGAAAAGCAACGCUCAGGUGACCCUGAUAGGCAACCCAGUGAUGUGGUGGGUUGCGUCUGUCGGCAUUGUCGUCUUCCUGGCUGUGACCGCCGUCCAUCUGCUGAGGAGGAGGAGAGAGAUCUUUGAUCUACCACACGCUGAGUUUCACCAGUGGUGGACAAGUGGCAGUGUUCUGCUGGUGGGCUGGUUGGCCCACUGUCUCCCUUACUUCUCGCGUGUUGUUCCUCCACCACUACCUCCCUGCCGUCCCGUUCAAACUGAUGCUCCUAGCUGCCGUCUGCGAACACUUCUACGCUUGGCUCAAGAGGUUCCCCGGACCAAUCUCUCUCCUCUACCACCUCCUGGUAUCCCUCCUCCUCCUCUCCUUCUUCAUCUCCUUCCUCGUCUUCGCCCCGUUCACCUACGGCUACCCGGGGCUCUCUCGCGAACAAAUCGAGUGGAGAAAGUGGUAUCCUUCCUGGGACCUUCUCCACAGAUAAUCACUCGCUGAACCCAAACUAUUGUUUUCUAAAAUGCUUGUCAGCUCUUCUAAAAAUCACUCUGGAGUUUCGACAACAAAUUUGAGUGUUUUGGCAUCCCCACCACUAUGAUCUGUGUAAAUUAUAGCUUGUAAAAAUUGGCUGUGAAAAAUAUCCGUAAAAUCUCAAAUCCUGUCAGCCCACUAGAAUACUUGUAAAAAAAACUGGGCAUGAUAUAAAAUCUGUUUGAAAAACGAGGCAAUUGUGGCCAGAAGCUAAACAGUGAGUGUUGAUUCCAAAUGGC